ACUGUAUCACAGUCACAUGACCGUGUGUUAUUGCAGUGCCUUUUCGGGUCCGGCCUUGUGGCUCUUGACGACUCGUUUUUUGUUUUAAACCACCAUCACAUCUCCAAAAGGGCGCCACUUACUGCAAUGUUUUCCAGUCCUACACCUGCUCCUGGAUCCAGAACGCUGGCUUCGAAUGCUCUUCGGAAUGCUGGUCUCAUAGACCGCGAUGCAAAGAUGCGAGAUGCGACUGAUAAACCAGGUGGCCGCAAAGGCUCUUCUAAAGCUCGGUCGCAUCGAACGCGUCCCAUAGACGUCUACAAGGACUCAGGCCCUAGCAAAUCGCUCUCUGCUCGGUUGAACACUCACGCAAGUCAUGCCGGCCCUUCGGAUCCGCUAACUAUUCGUGGGGCAUCAUCUCGGCCGACUACAGCUGGUCGUCUACGUCGGAAUGCAGUCUCAGGAGCCGUUGAAACCAAUAGUCCAUCACGGAUUCCCGUACGGGUUACGCAUACAACGCCCAAGAGCGUAGAGGCAUGGAGAAAAUUCGUUCAGAAACGAUGGAGCCCAGAUACAGCAUUAUUAGACCUCAGUAACAUGAUUGAAGACGAGAUGGUGAAGAAGUUCAACCUCAUGCCUCCCGGCCAUGGUGGGAGCGCUCGUGAUGCAGCUGUAGUGUUCAAACUGGCAAAAGAGCUCAAACCACAGGUGCAAUCGCUGAAUCUAGCUAAAAAUCAACUUAGCGGCCAGCAUCUAUCACUACUCAGUCAUUAUCUUCCGGGACUAGUCAAUCUAUCCUUGCAGGACAAUGACCUCAAAACCUACAGAGACCUCGACGCUAUUUCUGGCAGAAAGGACAAGCUCGUCGGGUUGAAAGAGCUAUUGCUUGCCGGCAAUCCUUUACGCGAGGAAAUGAUAAAGAAGGAUGCUGAACAAUUCAAGAAUGAAGUAUCGCGUCGAUUUCCAUCCCUUAUGACCCUCGAUGGCCAAUCCAUAGCUCAAAUAUCAUUCGAUGUAUCUCGAGAACCUAACAAGCUCUCGACUGCUGUACAGAAGCCAUCAUCCACCACAUUUCCUGUAGAAAUGAGUGGUUCGUUGAUUGUAGGUGUUGAUGGAGCUUUACUGAGCAACUUUCUGGUUCGAUUUUUCUCCGCAUAUGAUUCUCAACGUGCAGCGUUGAAAGAUGUUUAUGACGCCGCCGCUACGUUCUCUUAUUCGUGUAACACAUCGAUACCGGAGCGUGCAAGGAUCCUGGCGUUGCAUCACAAACUUCCCAAUCAAAGAAAGCUUGAAUGGGGUCCAUGGCUUGACCAAGGGAACACCGGCUCACGCAACCUCAUGCGUCUUGCCCAUUCCCAUGAAAAGCAAGUACAAAGGCUUUUACUCGGUGGCGAAGCUAUUGCCGCCUAUGUCUCCACUUUACCGUUAACGAAACACGAUAUUUCCGGUCCUGCCGAAAAGUUUUGCGUAGAUUGUUUUCCCGUUGCUCAGGGCGGAAUGAUGGGACUACUCGUCAUGGUACAUGGUGAAUUCACGGAAUUACCAGCGGAAGGUCUGAGGUCUUUUGACCGAACAUUUGUUCUAGUUCCAGCACCCGAGGCCUCACGUGCGAAAUCAAGCGGCUGGGACGUUGUCAUUAUUUCCGAUCAGUGGACGAUACGAGCGUACUCUUCGCCAGACGCUUGGAAGCCCGGUCCAAUGGUUGUGCAGCCAGACCCCGCGGCAGUGAGACAGAAGAAUGGACCUUCCGGGAACGAUUCAAACUUGGAUAAAGGGCGAACGGUUUCCCUACUGUCGACUGAACAGCAAAACGCGCUUGGCCAAAUACCGGAACCUCAACGAUCGAUGGUGCUGCACAUUUCUGUUCGCACAGGGUUGAAUGUCCAGUAUUCGGUUGACUGUUUGACGAAUAAUGGUUGGGAUGUAGAGAAAGCGUUUGCGAAUUUCGAGCAAGUAAAGGGCACUUUGGCAAGAGAAGCAUUCCUGUAAACUAUAAUCAUAUAGUAUCCGUUGGACAAUGACAGACACAACGUCUAUUGACAUGGAAGAACUAGAAAUACCUAAACGACAAUCCCACUUAUUUUAUAUCAUAUAUCACCCUCCUCGCAUCGCAUCUCAGACUUCAUUGCAAUUUCUUCUCCAUCCUGUAUUUUAUCACCAGCUAACAAGUCAUUCCUGCAUUGUAUUCUCUAACCCAGAUAAUAAACCCUUGCAAUGGUAUACCUCACUCCGCUCGAUUCCAUGUCUUCUUAAGCUAAGUAUCAGAUUCUUUCAGAG